CCGGUUUCUGACUUUCUGGGUUGUGAUGUGACUUGUGCAUGCAUGCAAUAUUUUAUACAAAGAGUGUAUUAUAUCAAGAACUAGAUUGACUAUUCGUUUUCAUCUAUCAAACGCAACCAUUUCUUGAUGUAAAUUAUUUAUGUAGGUAACGAUACUGGUGUUAAGUGAACUGUACGUUUCGAAGGGUCUUACAUUAGGUACAACGGAGUAACAAAUUUUACUAAAAUAUGUCUUCACACGGCAUUGUUUUGAUUCUGGUAAGUAUAUUCUAUAAUGGACUAGGACUUCCUGUGGGUAAUACUAACCACACACAAGCUAUUUCGGGUAUUGAGAAUGAUGUACUUAAUUUGGCGAAUAGCUGUGAAAACUUGUUUUUAGUAGAAAUGAUAAAAAACAAGAUGGAAAACUGUAAAUUAAUAAGUAAAAAUUCAACAAAAACAGAUUACGAAUGUAAAAUGUUUUAUGAUAUAAACAAUCAGUUAUGUACCACAUUCGAACGAUCGGAAGUAGAUCUAAAAGGAAAUUUUAAUUCUAAAAUGAGUAUCACUCAGAACAUUGAAACAAUAUGUGAGGAUGCGAAAACGUGGAAACCUACAACAGAUUACAAACAGGAGUUGGAAAAUUUAUUCAAUAAGUUAUCAUUAUGUUUGCAAGUUUGCAAUGUUGAUGGCAUGGUUAGUGAAGAUUCAAACUUCUUCUGUAAGUACUAUAAAUGGGGUUCAGAGAUAUUAUUAAGCCAUGCAAACACUGCAACACUUUCAAGUAGUGCUGUCGCUCCAACAAACGGCGACAGUAAAUAUGAAGCAAAGCCAGUAGUUUCUGAAACAACAAAUAAUGCAGUAAGCUCUGAGAAUAGCAACAUAGAACAACAAGUGAAAGAAAUGAAACAGCCUGAGCAAUCAACAAAAUCAGCUACAGUAUUAAAAAGCGAUGUACACAAUGAACAUGUGGCCCCAGAAGUAUCAAAGGAUAUGUCAGCAUUACAAAAACCCGAAGUUAGCGAAGACAAUAAUGAUAAUUUGGUACCUCCUUCAUCUAAGAGUGAAUUUCAAAAACCUUUAGAAGAACCUGCCUUGAAAUCAGCUCCAGAACAGGAAAAUCAACAGAAACCUGUUAUAGAAAAUCCCAAACCAAAUGCACCUCAUGAUCUUUUGGACGAAGCUGACAAUGAUAUGGAAAAUGACUUUGGACCUGGUGAACCUUUUUCUGAUCAAGAAAACAUGGACGAGGAAAUGAAUGCAGACCCUAAAAUUGAAACACAAAAAUCAAAAGAAAAUGAAAACAUUAAUAAGCUUCCCCUUACAUCAUUUAAUGUUGAUGUCGGACAACGAGAAAUGGUAUUUCCCAACACAAUUCAAGACACAUUUGUAGAAGAGGACGACCACUUCUUCCCAUUCUUCUUGACAACAAUUGUUCUUGUCGGCCUCUUGUAUGUUUUAUACCAUAACAAGAGUAAAGUCACAAAAGUGAUUUUGGGCUUGAUAGUGGAAGGUCGGCAAUCAAAUCGCAGAAGAAACAGCCGAGGCCACGCCUACAAACGGUUGGAUACCCUCGAACAAGCCAUGAGCGCCAGCAGCACAGCACCGCCCAGCAAAAUUAUAUACUAAAUGUAUUCAUAUUCACAGUCUUACAGCCAGAAUCUGGAAAUUUAAUAAUUGUAUACUAUGCAGUAUUCCUUUCUCAUACACAUUAUGAAUUAGUAGCAUGACUUGGUUACUAUUGAGGAGCAUACAUUAAUGAUGAGGUGCGUAUAUUGUCCAUACAUAUUUUGUGAUUGUCGGAUAUUUUUUUUUUACAAAUUACAGUUGUGUUUUGACGUAGUAAAGUGACGUGGUUUGUGCUUUCGCAAUGGGUUUUUAAACCGUCUAGAUAUUAUAUUUAUUAAAUUGGCCACUGUACUAUUAUUUAUAAUUUAGGAUUAGGUAUAUAUUGAUUAUUUAUGUGAUGAAACAAAUUGUAUGUCUGUGGAACAGUCUUGUUUGGUAUAACGCAACAAAUUUUUGAACUGUAUCUUUCUAGUCUUAUAUCCUUUUUACAUUACAUGUAACUUAAUACAGUCCAUCUUACGAAUUGAAAUUUACGAUAUUAUCAACUAUCUCUUGACAAAGAAUUAGUACGAAACAAAAAAGUACAAUAUAUUAUAGUAAUGGUUAUUAAUAAACAUUUUCAUUUUUAUACUUGAUAUAUAACUAUUGUUGUGUGAUUUUGGUAUUUAUGAAAUUAUUAUUUUUUUAUGAUUUUGAACAAAAUUUAGGAUGAUGUAGAUCUCUGUAGUUUUCAUUUUAAUAAUAAGUUAAAAUUAAAAAAGAUAUCCCAGUUCUGAUAUUUCUUUAUUAAUGUUUGAUGUAGCAAAUGUUAAUGUGGAAAUAAACUUCCUUUCUGUAAAUUUAUUGCUCUAGUAUUAGAGUAAAUAAUAUUUACAUUUUUAAUAGUUCGUUAAUUAUUUAUUAGUAGAUGCUGUUCAAAAUUAUUUUAAAAUACAAGUAGCCAUAGAUAUAGGUAUAAUAUUAAGGAUUUCUUUGCUUAGUAUUUUUUACUUUUAGUGUCCAGUUUAGAUUUAGUUCAUUUCAAAAUUAUAUUUUUAGUGUAAAUUAGAGCUUAAAGCGACAUUAAGUAUAUUAUUUUAUGUUUCUACCUAUUUGUACUUCUAUUCACAAUAAAGAUUCGAAUAUA